AGCAUCAAAGAAACGAAACGCCUUUUUGUGGGUGGCCUUAGUCAGGCCAUUUGUGAGACAGACCUGCAAAAUCAGUUCAGCAGAUUUGGAGACGUUUCUGAUGUGGAGAUCAUCACACGGAAUGAUGACCAAGGAAACCCACAGAAAGUCUUUGCAUAUAUCAACAUCAGAGUAGCAGAAGAAGACCUGAAAAAAUGUAUGUCUGUGUUAAAUAAAACAAAAUGGAAAGGUGGAACACUGCAAAUUCAGCUAGCAAAAGAAAGCUUUUUGCACAGAUUGGCCCAAGAGAGAGAAGAAGCAAAAGCAAAGAAAGAAAAAUCAACAACAAGCAGCACCAACUUGUUAGAAAGGAUGGGAGGCGUGGAUUUCCAUAUGAAAGCUGUGCCAGGGACAGAAGUGCCUGGGCACAAGAAUUGGGUUGUGAGUAAAUUUGGAAGAGUCUUACCUGUUCUUCACCUUAAAAAUCAACAGAAACGUAAAAUAUUAAAAUAUGAUCCAUCAAAAUACUGCCAUAACAUAAAGAAGAUAGGGGAGGAUUUCACAAAUGUUAUUCCUAUAUCCAGCCUCACUUGGGAAUUAGAAGAAGGGAAUGGCCCUAUGAGUAAGAAACGGCGAGGAGACUUCUCUGACUUCUACGGCCCUGCCAAGAAGAGGAUGAGAGUGCGGAAGGGUGAGGGUUCUUCUGGGUCUCUGGCCGUGAGUCCAAGGUCCAGUCAGGUAAUGGAGAGUCCACACUUACCACAGCAACCAGCUGCAGAAAAAACACCUUGCAAUUCCAUUACAACUUCUAAGUCAGCCUCUGUACCUGGUUCUGAUACUCAAAAACUUAAAAAUGUACUUUUUCAGACUUCUGGCUUGGAAACUGCCAGGAAGAGAAAUAGCAUGUCUGAUGAUGAUAGCGAUUCAGAAGAUGAGUUAAGAGUGUUGAUUGCAAAAGAGGAGAACUUACAGAGGUCCUCAAUAAAUGAAUCUGACAAUGAUCCCUUUGAAGUUGUAAGGGAUGAUUUCAAAUCAGAUGUUCACAAACUUUAUUCUUUAUCAGGUUUAGGUGUCAAAAAUAAUGUCUCUUGCCAUGUUAGUGAUGAUGAUAUUACAGGAAACGAUUGUGAAUAUGACUCAGGAGAUACAGAUGAAAUCAUUGCAAUGAAAAAAAACAGUAAGGUCAAAAACAGUAUGGAAUUUUCACAAAUGGGAAAAUCUAUACAGACAGAACUGUCUUUCCAAAAUAGAGAAAACUGUGAGCUUUCUGAUCAUUGUAUUAAAAUACAAAGAAGGAAAAGAAAUGUAGAGUCAGCCCUCAGUCAUGGAGGGAAGUCUCUUAAUUGUAAAUCUCUGUGUGACUCCAGUAGCAGUAAAGAUACAGAUUCUGCAUCAGAAUUAGCAGAGUCUGAAGAUGAGUAUAAUGCCAUGAUGAAAAACUGUGUCCAUGUGAAUCUCACGUUAGCUGAUUUGGAACGCUUGGCUGGCAGUGACCUGGGGGUUCCAAAAGAAGGUGCUGAGAGUGGCAGCCCAGAAACCACCACCCGCUGCGGGUUUGACAGAGCCUCCAAAGGCCCACAGCCUCCUGGUGGCCUCCGCAGCUGCUGGCAGGGCAUUUGUCCUGAGGAGAUUGUGGCUUCCCUUUUAGAGGAAAAAGAAAACACCUGUGGUAAACAGAAGCAAAAGGAAAACAACAUAAAGCCAAAAUUCCAGGCUUUCAAGGGAGUAGGCUGUCUCUAUGGAAAGGAAUCUGUGAAAAAAUCCUUGAAAAAGAGUGUUGCCUCUAACAAUAUUAAUGGAAAUCAGAAUUCCUUGAAAAAUGAGGAUCCCAGUAGCAUUUCCAUAGAAGACAAGUCCGUGUGUGCUAAGGGCUCAUCAAGUGAACUGACUCCAUGCCAACGUGCAAGGAAGAUGAACAGCCCAAACCACAUUCAGGCUCUAAAAGGGCAAUCCACUUUUGACAGCCAGGAUUGUAAGGUGGUGUCCCCUAGCAGUUCAGAAAAGGGAAGAAGAAAUCCUGUUUCUAGUCUGUUGCCAUUAAAAGGUAAGAAAUCCUUAAAUCUUAGUACAAAGACUGACAAGAUAGGCUUCGGCAAAGACCAUUGCCAUAGUACCACAAAGACAGAAGCAGCUUCAGAGGAGGAGAGAUCUGAUUCAAGCAACCUCAUGUCUCUUGGGAAAUCCCCAAAGGUCUCUUCCAGGAAGGACACCCAGGAAAGCAAAACCGAUUUCUCACUUUCUGUUAGUAAUUUGUCAGAUGUGAAUGCUAAGGACAAGCAUGCCGAAGACAACCAAAAGCGCUUGGCAGCUUUGGAGGCCAGGCAGAAAGCAAAGGAAGUGCAGAAGAAGCUGGUACAUAAUGCUCUGGCAAAUUUGGAUGGUCGUACCGAGGACAAGCCAACACACAUUGUCUUCAGUUCCGACAGUGAAAGUGAAGCAGAGGAGACAUCCACUCAGGAGCAGAGCCAUCCAGGAGAGGAACUGGGGAAAGAAUCCAUGGGUAGAGCUUCUGGGAAGCUGUUUGACAGCAGUGAUGAUGAGGCAUCUGAUUCCGAUGAUGACAGUAGCAGGUUCAAAAUUAAACCUCAGUUUGAGGGCAGAGCUGGACAGAAGCUCAUGGAUUUACAGUUGCACUUUGGCACUGAUGACAGAUUCCGCAUGGACUCUCGAUUUCUAGAAAGUGACAGCGAAGAAGAACAAGAAGAGGUAAAUGAAGAGAAAACUGCUGAGGAAGAAGAGCUUGUUGCAGAAAAAAAGAAAGCCCUGAAUGUUGUGCAAAGUGUUUUACACAUCAGCUUAAGCAAUUCUACAAGCAAAGCAUCAUUAGCUACUAAGAAAUUUAAAGACAUCAUACGUUAUGACCCAACAAGGAAUGACCAUGCCACUUAUGAAAGAAAAAAAGAUGACAAGCCAAAAGAAAGUAAAGCAAAACGAAAGAAGAAAAGGGAGGAAGCGGAGAAGCUACCUGAGGUAUCUAAAGAAAUGUAUUAUAACAUUGCUACGGAUUUGAAAGAAAUAUUCCAAACUACGAAAGAUAUCAGUGAAAAGGAAGAAGACACGCCCUGGAAUGAGGACUGUGGUAGAACGAAACCCGAGGAAAUCCACAACCUUGCUGCUGUGACAAGUGGGGCAGAGCAGCCCAGCGGGUUCACAUUCUCUUUUUUUGAUUCAGACACCAAAGAUAAAAAGGAAGAGACUUAUAGAGUAGAAGCAGUGAAACCUGGGAAGAUUGUCUGGCAGGGAGACCUUCAUUUCCAAGACAGUUCAGAAGAGGAAGACACUACAGAAGAAACAGAUCACAGAAAGCCCAGCCCUGGGGAAGCAUCAUUACCUGAGAAAGAAACCACUAGAUUUUUCUUUUUCUCUAAGAAUGAUGAAAGACUUCAUGGUUCUGACUUAUUCUGGAGAGGAGUGGGAGGUAAUAUCAGCAGGAGUUCUUGGGAGGCGAGAACAACCAACUUGCGUAUGGAUUGCCGGAAGAAACAUAAAGAUGCAAAAAGGAAAGUGAAACCAAAAUAAUUAUUGUCAACAUUGGUUUUGAUACUGAAUGUGAACAAGGCUCACCUAAGGAAAUUGACCCAAUAAAUAGUUUUUGCUGACAAAGAAAUUUCGGAGUUGAAAGAACCUUCAAAAUCUGACUGGUGGAAUAUCAUUCUGGUUGCCAUCUUUUUCUGUGGAAUUGCUCUGUAUUCCUUAGUAAUUCCAUUAAAAAAUUAAACUGAACUUUUUAAAAAUGAAA